AUGGACAAUAUACCUCCUCCUGAGCAAGCAAACCCGGCAGGGGCCACAGGUGCCCCCUCCCGCCGGCCUCUGGGUUCAUUCGAUGAACUGUUCGUUGACCUUUUAGAGGCUUACAGGAGAUACCGGGAGUUUGCUGAGGCUAUCUACACCGGGGAUGAUCUUUCUCCUCUGUUCCCUGACGACUCUCUUUGGUUAUCUGACAUUUACAGAGUGAUGAUGCUGAUCUUUGGUGAGCCCCACCCGCGGGUGGUCGGAGACCAGGAUCCAAUCCAAGAUACAAUUCAGUGGACGGAUGUUCUUAGUGCAAGGCUCACACCGGAAGAUUUCCAAUGUCAGCCGAACGGCAUGUUCCAAUGCCGCGUCCGUGGUGUCUUGAUCGAAAUCAGAGCUACCAGCUACUACGAUAUCCUUAGUGGUGUCGCUGAGAGACUCUUGCAGCCAUUGCAAAACUUGUCAGGCCAAGAUAGGGAAGUACGAAUCCGCAUGAAGCUGCACGUCGACUUGCUUCGUACAUUCGAUACUUUGGUUUCAUUUGCCCACAGAGUGGUGGAAUCUCUCAUGGAUUUGCAUAGAAGCCAGUUUGUUUAUACUACUACAGAGGAGGAGGUCGUGGAACCUCGCACCUCGGCUUCUGCAAACCCCAUUCCAAAUGAUCCCAAUUCGGACAGCUACAACGUGAACAACGACUCUGACUCCCAGGAAGCUCACAAUCAUGCGGUCAAGGAGGAGACUCUUGAACCCGGGGUGGAACAGGCCGAUUUGAACCUAUUCGACAUUCCUCAAUAUGACCCCGUUGAUUCAGCCCACGAUACACAUGGUCAUAUGUCGGCAACCCAGUUCCUUGGCCAGGAUCACCUUGAUUCCGCCAGCGAUUCGGACGAAUUUUUGCCCACAUUGCAGUCGGGUUCUAGUUACACUCAUUCAAACGUCACCUCUGACUAUGCUAUCUCCGCUAGUGACGUUUUGGAGCGGCUUUCUAGUGAUCUAUCCAUUGAUAUGGAUGAUGGUUCUAGCUACUUUGGCGAUGUUUCUCACGAUACCACUACUAUUUCAUCGGGUCACACGGACAAUGAUGACCAUGCAAUUCAUUCUCCCCGAGAGAACUCCAUUGAUCCAGUGCGCGGUCCGGAUACUAUGACUGUUAUUCAAAACAGCAUCCAAGCUGCCGUUGAACAAGUCAACCGCAUGGAAGCCAAUGCCGCAUUGCCCGAUAGUGAUACUAUCCGCCCCGUGAACAACGAUGCGGUCAGCAAUAUGGAUUCCGCCGAUGCGAAUGCGCCUGAGCAACCUGGUACCCCACCCAAUGCAAUCAGAAACAUGGAUUCCGCCGAUAUGAAUGCGCCUGAACAACCUGGUACCCCAUCAAAUGCAGUCAGAAACAUGGAUUCCCCCAAUGCGAUUACGCCUGAACAGCCUGGUACCCCAUCAAAUGCCGUUUCUAACCUGGUCGGUCCGUGGUUGGAGAACGUUUCUACUCCCGCCAGUGCAAUUGGUAGCAACGCGAACCCAUCUGAACCCGAGAUUCCUGCCAGAACCAAAACUGAAGAACCCACCGGACCUACUGUUUCUGCUGCGGAGAAUAGGGAUAGAAUCCGCCCUGGUGGUUCAAAGCGACCUCGCGUUGAGUCCCCUUCCCCUGUCCCCAAGCCACGAACUUUCAUCAAGUACACUCAAAAUGAGGAGGAAAACGCUCUUGAUUUUGCCAAUCGUAUGAUCGGAGCGAGAUGCACAAUCGAGGAAUUUGAACGGGAAUACGCUGAGGAGUUCGGUGUUUCGCGCACUGCUUCGGCCGUCUGCAAGAGAUUCCAAGUCAAAAAAUCGUGGGCUUUCUUGAAGCCCAUUCGCGAUGCUAAGAAGCAGAAGACUGAGUCUUCCUAA